AAAGCCCAAUCGAAAGUGAAACAAGGGGACAAUUUAUUCUUAACGCCGUGAAAAAUAACUUUAACGCCGUCUAUUGUUCUUCGUCGUCGCGGUCUCUCUCAGAAAAUUGGGAGAAUCGCUGACAAAAUUUCCAGGUAAGUGUAGAUUUCAAAAAAGAUUGAGCUUUUAACAAAUUCCAUUCUUGGAAUCACUUACUUUGGUGAUAAGCUUUAUGUAUUUCAUCGAUCCUGCGGCAAUAUUUGCAAUGCUUUUUGGUAGCGAAAUCUUUGAAGGGUACAUAGGAUGCCAUGGCAUCAAUGGCUUUACUUUAUAAUCUUCACACCAGUUUGAUGCCAAAAAAGAUACAAGAAAAAAUGAGGAAAGAAAGAGAAGACAAGCUUUCUGAGAGAGCCAAAACAGCUAGUGAGAGUGAUCCUUUAGCAAACAAUGCACGUCAAAAGUUAAACGGAAAUGGAAGGGACCGCGAUGAUGAUACCUCUACAUCACCAAAAUCCAAUGAAGCAUCUCACUCUAUCUAUGGUCCUCAGGUAUCAUUUUACAUAAACCUUUAGCUUCUCUUUGAUCUUUAAUUUCCAUCUUACCAAACUCAUAUCCCUCCAUAUUCAACAAUGGUCAAAUGCUUCUUUAGCUGACUUGUGUUAGAUAGAUAACAUUCAUGCUUGUGUGUUUAGUAAAAACACUCUGAAUCAGUCAGAGUCUCUUGAAAAACGUUCAAAUCGAAAGAUAAACUGUUUUCUUGUUGGAACCACAAAGCCCCUAACGUGGAGGAAUUCAAAACUUGGAGAUGAACAUUUCAACUAGUACUUACCACGACCAGCGCCACCUCCUGGCGCAGGGAAUCACUCUUCGACUAGCCUAUAAUUGAUUCAGGAAGUAUUCGGAACCAAUGGGUCGGAGGAAGCCGAGUAGUUCUCGAGGUGGAGAUGAUGAGCAACCACCUCUCGUUGGUGCUAAAUCUAAUAAGAAAGCUGUUCAAAUUGAUGAUGAUGAUGAUGGUGAGUACUCCAUAAAAACUGAGGAGCCUAGAGUUGAGGAAGAGAAAGUUGUUAUCACUGGGAAGAAGAAGAGUAUUAAGAAGGGUACGCAGCAGCAGGAGGAGGACGAUGAUUUUGCUGAGGUUGUUCCCGAGAAUGCUUUUGUAGGGAAGAAGAAAUCGAAAGGUAAGAACGGAGGUGGCUCUGUUAGCUUUGCCCUGCUUGCUGAUAAGGAGGAAGAGGAUGAUAAUGAAUCUAAUGGUGACAAAGAUGAUGAGCCAGUUAUAAGUUUUACGGGUAAGAAGCAUGCAUCUAACAAGGGUAAAAAAGGCUUUGCGGUUUCAGCUUUUGAUGCCCUUGGUGGUGAUAAGGAUGAAGAGAAAGUGGAUGGUGAUGAGGAACAAGUGUAUCCUAUCAUCUUCUCUGGUAAGAAAAAGAAGUCCUCCAAAUCUUCUAAGAAGACCACUAAUAAAGUUGCUUUGCUUGAUGAGGAAGAAGGGACAGAUGCUUCGACCUCUAGACUUGGCAAAAAUACAAUGGGAGAUGAAGAGAGCCUCGAAAUCACGUUUUCUGGUAAAAAGAAGGGCAGCAGUGUUUUGGCCUCAGUAGGUGAUGACUCAGUUGCCUACGAAACUAGUCAAGCUAAAACUCCUGAUACUAAGAGUGUGGAGGUUAUAGAAACUGGAAAGAGUAAGAAAAAGAAGAAGAAGAAUAAGAGUGGAAGGACAGCAGAGGAAGAGUAUGAUUUUGACAAUGUUCUUGAAGAAUUUGGAGAAACCCCUGCUGCUGGAAGACCUGCUUCAUCGACGCCUGGAGAGGAGAAGGUUCAAGCUCAGCCUGGGCCAGUUGCACCUGUAGAGAAUGCUGAUGAGAAGGAAGGAGAAGAAGAGACUGUUAAGACUGCUGCAGCGAAGAAAAAGAAAAAGAAGAAGGAGAAAGAGAAGGAAAAAAAAGCAGCAGCUGCUGCAGCAACCUCUUCUGUAGAGGCUAAGGAGGGAAAACAAGAAGAAUCAGUAACUGAGCCACUACAGGAGAAGAAGAAGGAUGCAAAGGGUAAAGCAGCAGAGAAGAAAAUCCCUAAACAUGUUAAAGAGAUGCAAGAGGCUCUUGCACGGCGGCAAGAAGCCGAAGAGAGAAAAAAGAAGGAAGAAGAAGAAAAAUUGAGGAAGGAGGAAGAGGAGCGCCGCAGGCAGGAAGAGCUUGAGGCUCAAGCUGAGGAGGCUAAGCGUAAGAGAAAGGAAAAAGAAAAGGAGAAACUGUUGAGGAAGAAGCAAGAGGGCAAGCUUCUAACAGCAAAGCAAAAGAGUGAAGCUCUAAAGAGGGAGGCUUUUAAGAACCAGCUGCUGGCUGCUGGUGGAGGUCUUCCUGUUGCAGAUAAUGAUGGUGAUGCUACUUCCUCAAAGCGUCCCAUUUAUGCCAACAAGAAAAAAUCUGCUCACCAGAAAGGCAUUGACACUUAUGUUCAGAGGGAAGAUGAGGUAGAGCCAAAAGAGAAUAAAGCAGAUGAACCAGAUACUUUAGGUGAAGUGGGUUUAACAGACACUGGAAAGGUUGAUUUAAUUGAGUCAGCAAACACAGACGAGAAAUCAGAACCUGCUGAUGUUGCUCAGGAGAAUGGGAUUGAGGAAGAUGAUGAAUGGGAUGCAAAAAGCUGGGAUACUGUUGAUCUUAACCUCAAAGGUGAAUUUGAUGACGAAGAGGAAGAACCUCAGCCUGUGGUUAAGAAAGAAUUAAAAGAUGCUGUAUCAAAGGCACAUGAUUCAGCAGGUAUGAGCAAGCCAAGAACAGCUGUCGUAAAAGCUAUGUCUGAAGUGGAACAUGCUACGCCGACAAAACGUGCUAAGAAGGGUAAAGGCUUAGCUCCAAGUGAAUUUAUAGAAGAAGGUGGAGAAAAUCUCCGUUCUAUUAUUUGCUGUAUCAUGGGUCAUGUUGAUACUGGUAAAACAAAGCUGUUGGAUUGCAUCAGAGGAACAAAUGUACAGGAAGGUGAGGCUGGAGGUAUUACUCAGCAGAUUGGUGCAACAUAUUUCCCUGCGGAAAACAUCCGAGAGAGGACCAGGGAACUGAAAGCCGAUGCAAAAAUUAAGGUGCCAGGUCUAUUAGUUAUCGAUACACCUGGCCAUGAGUCCUUCACGAAUCUGCGUUCAAGAGGUUCAAGUUUGUGUGACCUUGCAAUUUUGGUGGUUGACAUAAUGCAUGAGUUAGAGCCACAAACCAUAGAAUCUCUAAGUCUUUUGAGAAUGAGGAAUACAGAGUUCAUUGUUGCAUUGAAUAAGGUGGAUUUACUCUAUGGAUGGAAAACAUGCAAGAAUGCUCCUAUCGUGAAGGCAAUGAAGCAGCAAUCUAAAGAUGUUACAAAUGAAUUUAACUUGAGGCUGACCCGGAUUAUUACCCAAUUCAAGGAGCAAGGACUUAACACCGAGCUUUACUACAAGAAUAAAGAAAUGGGCGAAACUUUCAGUAUUGUUCCUACUAGUGCUAAAAGCGGGGAAGGGAUCCCAGAUCUCUUGCUGUUGUUGGUUCAAUGGGCUCAGAAAACAAUGUUUGAGAAGCUUACUUAUGUUGACAAAGUGAAGUGUACUGUCCUUGAGGUCAAAGUUAUUGAAGGCCAUGGUACAACGAUUGAUGUUGUGUUGGUAAACGGUGAACUCCAUGAAGGUGAUCAAAUCGUCGUUUGUGGGUUACAGGGACCUAUUGUCACAACGAUUAGAGCAUUACUGACUCCUCAUCCAAUGAAGGAGUUAAGAGUGAAGGGUACUUAUCUGCAUCACAAAGAAAUAAAGGCUGCACAGGGCAUCAAAAUUACCGCCCAGGGCCUUGAACACGCAAUUGCUGGUACUUCCCUGCAUGUGGUUGGACCUGAUGAUGACAUCGAGGCAAUUAAGGAGUCGGCUAUGGAAGAUAUGGAAUCAGUUUUGAGCAGGAUUGACAAUAGUGGUGAAGGAGUUUAUGUACAAGCGUCUACAUUAGGGUCAUUAGAAGCAUUGCUUGAAUUCUUGAAGUCCCCAGCUGUAAAUAUACCUGUCAGUGGUAUUGGCAUAGGGCCUGUGCAUAAGAAGGAUAUAAUGAAGGCUGGAGUGAUGCUCGAGAAGAAAAAGGAAUAUGCUACAAUUUUGGCAUUUGAUGUGAAAGUGACUACAGAGGCUCGUGAACUUGCAGACGAAAUGGGAGUAAAAAUCUUUUGCGCUGAUAUCAUCUAUCGUUUAUUCGAUCAGUUUAAGGCUUACAUUGAGAAUAUCAAAGAGGAGAAAAUGAAGGAAUCAGCCGGUGAGGCAGUCUUCCCAUGUGUCCUUCAGAUUUUACCUAACUGUGUGUUCAAUAAGAGAGACCCAAUAAUCCUUGGAGUUAAGGUCCACGACGGUAUACUUAAGAUUGGAACCCCCAUUUGCGUCCCGGGCAGAGAGUUCAUCGAUAUUGGUCGCAUUGCCUCUAUUGAGAACAACCACAAGCCUGUUGACUACGCAGAGAAGGGCGAGGAGGUGGCGAUUAAGAUUGUUGCUUCAAAUCGUGAAGAACAGAAGAUGUUUGGAAGGCAUUUUGACAUGGAAGAUGAGCUUGUGAGUCACAUUUCGAGGAGAUCUAUCGACAUACUCAAAGCUGACUACAUGAAAGAAAUGUCGACAGAGAAAUGGAAGCUCCUUGUGAAACUGAAGAGAAUCUUCAAGAUUCCCUGAACAGUCAAAUGUCUACGCUAGAGCUUAAAAAAAACUCGCAGGCCUUGUUAUGUCGUGUCUGCUGCAGAACAAAGCGAUUUAUCUUCCCGGAGAGAGCUUAAACCAAAAAUUGUAUUUGUUUUUGUUUAUUUUCUCCCUCAAAAGUGCUGGUCGUUAACCUUCUCUUCAUGCUGGCAAAUUGCAGGGAAACAAAAAGAAUCUUGAGAUACAGAUCAUCUUUACUUGCCUUUUUGACUGACUAAUUUUUUUUUUUUUUUGACAAUCGAAUAUAUGUUUUUGUCUAAUUAUGUUCUCUAUGUGAUGUUAAAAUCUUGUUAGAAA